AUGACAACCGUGACCCCCGAUGACUUCUUCAAGAUCAUUUCUCCCUUCUUAAAGGAGGUUUUCCUAGAUCUACCUCCUUAUCAUAAAGACAAAGCCUUCCACCAAGAAGUCUUCGAUCAAUUCACACUCUCCGGACUGCCAGAGGAUGUUGUACGCACCUCCUCUGAAGCAGGAGCAGUCGUAGCAGAAUGUUUCUAUCCCAGUCUCAAAGAUCCACUCAGGCUAUCCAUAGCAGUAUGGACAGCCUACAUCUUCUCCCUCGAUAACAUCUGCACGGAUGCAUCAUUCCGCGACCCGAUGAAAAGUUACAGAUCGGUCUUCUUCGGCCAGUCUACUGACUUGAAAUUCCUCAACGGCCUGUACACAUCUCUCGAAGAUCUAUCCAAAUACUAUGACACUUUCGCCGGCGACAUGAUCAUGAAAUCCGUCAUGGAUUACGUUAGUAUCAAUAUCCUCGAAGAAGAACAAAAAGAACGAAAGGAUGAUUUCAUGCUCUCUUCAUCAACCUCAAUGUUUCCUGAUUUUCUUCGACAGAAAAGCGCCAUUGGAGAGGCUUACGCGUUUCUCAAUUUCCCUGGGUCCUGGAACGUAGCGUCGUACUUUCCUCUGAUUCCAGAUAUGGCUGCUAUUGUGGGUCAAUUGAAUGAUGUGGUUUCUUUCUACAAGGAGUCUGUAUUGGGAAAUGAGGCUGGUACGUGGGUUAGACAGACUUGUGUUUGUCUGGGUGUUUCGGAGUAUGAGGCUAUCGAGAUCAGAGCUGCCCAGUGUUUGGGUUGUGUUCGGAGGCUGCGUGGAGCGUGUCAGGGUAAUGUUAAACUUUCGAACAGGGUUAAUGAGUUUAUUCAGGGCCCUAAAGAAUCGAAAAAGUAA